AUGGGCCACUACAGAGUUCUGUUUUCUGUUUGUGGAGCAGCAGGUUGGAUCCUGGGACAGACGAAGUGUUAUGAACAGAAGCAAUAUAAAAAUGGCCUCAAGUUUUAUUUGAUUCUUUCAAACCCCAAAUUUGCUGAACAUGGAGAGACUUUGGCUAUGAAAGGUUUGACAUUGAACUGUUUAGGAAAAAAAGCAGCAUAUGAAUUUGUUCGUAAAGGCCUUCAUAAUGAUGUCAAGAGUCAUGUCUGUAUCAUUUUUUGGCAUGUAUAUGGGCUCCUACAGCGUUCUGAUAAAAAACAUGAUGAAGCUAUUAAGUGCUAUAGAAAUGCCCUCAAAUUAGAUAAAGAUAAUCUGCAAGUCUUGAGGGACUCUCUGUUGCAGAUCCAAAUGAGAGAUCUUGAAGGUUACUGUGAGACAAGAUACCAACUUCUGCAGUUGCAUCCACAGCAUGCUUCCUGGAUUGGAUGUGCCAUUGCAUACCAUUUGAAAGAUUAUGAUAUGGCACUAAAACUAUUGGAAGAAUUUAGACAAACUCAGCGAGUUCCUCUCAACAAAGUAGACUAUGAAUAUGGUGAGGUAAUACUGUAUCAGAAUCAAGUGAUGAGAGAGGCAGAUCUAUUUCAGGAAUCUUUGAAAUAUAUAGAAACAUAGGAGAAGCAAAUAUGUGAUAAACUUCCAGUGGAAGAAAUGAAGGGGGAAAUACUGAUGAAAUUGGGAAGAUUAAAAGAAGCCAGUGAAGUAUUCAAAAACUUGAUCGAUCAGAAUGCAGAAAAUUGGUAUUAUUGAGGCUUGGAAGAAGCUCUACAACUUAGCACGUUAGCAGAGAGGCUUCAGAUUUCUGAAGAAAUUAGUGAGCAGCACCCCAGAGCAACUUCACCUACAAGAUUACCUCUGAAUCUUGCCCCAGGUAUAGAGUUUAUGUCCCAGUCCUUUAAUGGAGGUGAUCAGCUACAACUUUAUGUUUCAAUAAUCCAGGAACUUGUUACUAAUUAUGAAGCCUCUCUUAAAACAUGUGGCUUUUUUAGCCCUUAUGAUAUUUUCAAGAGAAAUUCCAGACAGGAAAGAGCUCUUACUACUGACUUGUAUGAGGGAGUAUCUUCCAUGGAAAAUCUAAAUGAAAUGCCAUGUAUGUGGUUCCAGACAGUGAUUUCAGCUUAUCAGUGGUUGGGGAGACACAGAGAUGCCUUAAAAAAAUGCCAUGAAGUAGAAAGAGUAGAAAAUCCAUUCGAAGAAGCCAUUAAGUUCCUGACUCCUCUUAAGAACCUUGUUACUGGUAAAGCAUUUGAAAUAUAUUUUAGAAAAGAAAAAUUUCUGUUAAUGCUCCAGUCUAUCAAACGAGGUUUUGCCAUCAACAGGAAUAAUCCAUGGUUACAUGAAUGUUUAGUUAGAUUUUGUAAGUCUGUGUCCCGCCAUAGUAGCCUCCCAGACAUCAAAGUUCUGUCUCAAGAAAUGCAGAAAAUACUUGCCAACAGGGAUUUGGAAGGCUUUCAUGAAGAUUUUCUCAAACAUAACAUUACCUCUCUGCAGCAUCUAUUUUCAGGUGCUAAAAUGAUGUUUUUCUUAUGACUUGUCCAGAAAAUACAUCAUUUCUCUUUAAAAGACAAGUCAAGACAAGAGAAAGCAGUUGCUCUAGCUACUAGGCUGGAUGAAACUGAAAGUAAUGUAAAAAUGCACAGCGCUCAGCAUGAAGAACCCAGGAUGGCGUGCCAUAACCGCUUCUUUACAUCUGCUUUUCUGCCUGCUGUGAGUGAGUCCACCGUCCUAGCACAGCACUGAACUACCCAGCUAACUCUGAUGUAUGGGCAAAGGAAACUUGGAUCCUGCAGAAAGUUGACUCCUACAGAAUCUCAACUGAAUUUACUUCACAAUGUCUUUGUACGGCGUGCAUUUUAAUAUAGGUGUGAAAUGAAAUAUUUGGAUAGAAUUUUUAAAUGAAGCAUCUUGUAAGUUUAUUUUCUUUAUGUGACUGUCAAUUUACACAAACAUCUGUUAAAGUGACUUUUUUAUAUGUGUACAGUGUUUUGUAAACUCUUAAAUUAUCAGCACUGUGUAGUUACUAUUGCUUCUGUGUCAUAUUGAAGGUAAUUUCUUUGUUAAGAUAAGUAUAUAUGUCCUACCAGUAUCAUUUUCUGUAGAUCUCAGUUUCACAAUCUGGUUUUUUUUUUGGGUACCAGGGAUCAAACUCACGACCUCACACUUGCCAGGCAGGCACUUAUGCCACUGAGCUAAAUCCCCAGCCCCUCAGGAUCUGUUUUGAUCCCUUGUUUUACUGAUUUGUUUUUUUCUUUUUUUUUUCCGUUUUUUAAAGUGUUAGCAUUGGUUUAAAAAAUAGAAUUCCGCUUGGCAGACAGUGGUGGGAUUUAAAGUUUAAUUUGCUUUUUAAUAACCCUGAUUUUUCAUCUCUUAGUAUUUAUUUUGUAAUAUCCAUAAAAAAUUAUGCUUUAUAGAUGAUUAUGGUUACUCCAUUGUAUGUAGACCACUCAGGAUGUGAAGAUUGGUUUGCCUUUCAAUCAUGGAGGUUCACUGGUAGGUUUGUUGGGUAUCAUAAAGUAGACUUAAAAUCCACUCAGGAGAAUUAAAUUUUCUUGCCUUGUUUUGCUUGUUAACAAGUAGUUUAUCCUAAAAGCAUGCUUUAAAGUAUGUAACAGUACAGAAAACAGAAAUCAAACAGUUACUCUUACAGCUAUACAUUAAAUAUAUUUUUAUGUUUCUCAGUAAAUGAAAAUUUAAACUAUCAUGAAUUUAACCUUUAAGUCAUAAUAUUGUCUAACAACUUUGGGUAGGUAGGUUUUUGUUGAAUAUUGUAAAGAACAUUAAUAAUCACUUAGUAUGUCUCAGAACUGUAUAAAUAUGACUAUAAUGUUAAUGUGUACCUUUAAACAAAUAUAAAUGCAAAAGUAAAAUUUAAUUUAGAAAACAUAUUACCCUAAUUGUCCUAGAGUCACUAUUGCUGAGAAAGAAGAAAACUCACUGUGAAAUGCCAACCUCGAUGAUACUAUAAUAAAUUAUUUUGUACACGA